CACGAUAAAGCCGCUAUUUAAUACAAUCAACAAAACAUGCAUUUAAAUCUUUGAAAACCGUUCGUGUACGACAAACCUUAGUAAUUAAAUUAACGGGAUAUAUUAAAUCUGUAUAGUCCAGGGAUUGUAAUAUGUGAAAUGGUUUGACCCCUCUGAAGAUUAUAACUAGAUAUGUUUUGAGUGUAUCUUGACAAACCAGGAGGUUUUGUGUUUCGUUAUCAAUUUAGACGGAAGGUUCGAAUACAAGGUCUUGGAAUAUGAUCUAUUAAGAUGACGUAGUUUAUGAAUUUGGUGUAAACUCGGUGGAAGUACCAAUAUAUAAAUCAUGUUACGUGUGUGUACUCCAGCCACUGUACACAGUCAGUGUCAAGGACGCAUGCGCAGUCCUCUGAGAACAGAUGUAGCCAAUGAACUUCGACAACAUAUCAUUGAACUGGUAAAGGAACAAACUGAUGAAAACAUCGAUAUGAAUGUCGAUGAUUCUGCAAUAAUAUAUCAGCUAAAGAAGAAAGGAGGAAUCGCUCCCAUUGAACCGAUAAAGACAAAAGAAGACAAACAGAAUGAAAAGGUAAAAAGAAUUCAUUUGAAAAUGCUAAAAGAGACGCGAAGUAAAGGCGCCAAUCGCUUCCCCGCGCUGGAUUUUGGGGACGUUUCACACAGGGAUGAUCACUUGAUUCAGAGUGACCCAAGAACAGCAAGUGCUAAAACAGUUAGAUUUAAGAUGGAGGACAGCAAUGCCUACGUACCAGAAAAUCAAAACCCAGGAUAUGAAGUUCGUGGCAAUGCUAUAAAAUCUUCCUCUGGACUUCAUAAAUCUGUGCCAUUAAUAUUACGCAGAACCGAAGCAGCGCAAAGACAGGCCCAGAUACAUACUUCAUUACAAGUAUUCAAAAGACGUCUGAAAAUCAACAAUCAAAACAGUUAUUUAGCCCCAAACAGUACUGUUCGUGAAUCAGACUACAUAAUCCGACGUGUUCCUCUUCAGCUGGACAAAAAGAGUCGCACGAAUAUUACUCCUAUAGCACCGAGAAUAUCUGUUUCCUCAAAAUUACACGCCCGUCCUAGAACACCCACGUCUGCCAGACAACGAGUGGGCUCUCCAUUACGUCCCACAUCCUCUACUUCUAGACCACUGAGCGGGAGCAAAUCGCCCAUUCCCACCGAAGAAAAGAAGGUCAAGUUUUCGUACCGACUUCCAGAUAAUAUUGGAAAAGAGUUGUUUCGAGAGGAUUCAGAAAUAAUUCCUAGUGUGAAUACUUAUGUUGUAGAAGAAACUCAAGCUAAGUUUGGAAGAAAGUAUGAAACCCAGGCUAUGUUAAAUGUACAUAACCUUGGUGUCCACGACGCACUGAACUCCGGUGAAAAAGAAAAAGUGAGGAUUCACGAAGACACAAAAGUCGAUUCUCGACUCAUUCGCUGGGUCGAAGAAUCCACAAAUAUAAACUUCACAAGAAGAAUCAAUCGAAUUCGAUCCGCGUCAACUGAACGCUUUUAUCGAUCUGAAUCUACAGAACGUUUAAGAACCGGAUCUGCAGACUCAAAGCAUAGUCGGAAAUUUCUAGAAGAUACAACACAAACGAACUCAAAUACAUUUCAAAACGAAUCAAAAAUAAAAACCACUGAAUAACAAUUAAUUAAUUUUCUAAUAGGAUUUUUAGGA